AUGGCUGGCUCUGGUAAACAUGGCAAUGGCACUACCAAUAAAUCUGGGCGCAUAUGUGGCUGUCAAGAAGGCUGCAAGGGGAGCAAGAGACUCAUAUCAGAGGAGACAUCUGGGCGACAUGCUCUGUUCCGCAAAUCGGCGCAAGGUGACCAGAUAAGCCGCCUCCUUGCAAAACAUAUACCGGAGACAUCUACCAGACAAGAUGCUGAGCCGAGUCAGCAACUUCCGCCUGCCAAAAGGCGAAAGCACUCGAGCCAGCAGGCAUCACCGCCCAGAAGCAGACCACCAUCAGUCCCUUCUGGUACAGCCGCAAGUACUGCAUCUAUCCCGGUGCACUCAGGUAACUUUUUGGACCCCCGCGCUGCUGGUGGUUCUGCUGCAUCUGCUACUCGUGGCCCUGAACAAGAUGAUGUUGCUCCUAUGGACAUCGAGAUGGAUGAUUCUCGGGAAGGGCUGUCUGGAGAGGCUGGAGGGACUCCAGGCUCUCAGGCUGCCGGUUUGAAUAUACCUGCCACUCCCCGUCCUUACGUUGAAGAUGUACCGGAUGAAGGGGACCAACCUGCCAAGGCACAGGGCAAGCUGCCGCCGUCAAAACGGAGGAAGAAGGAUGACAGCGCUGAUGCUGGGAUCAUCGAUUCUUGGUGGAGAUUGCAAUGUGGUGUCGUACUGUCUCAGUAG